AUGCACAUAUACCAAAAGAAAGAAGAAAGAAAUGGGAUAAGAAAAAGAGCGAGCGAGAGAGCAGAAAAAGGAUUGAUGGUUGGAUACGGGGAAGACAUCAAGGGUUAUAGAAUAUAUUUCUCGGAGAAGAAUACUGUUGAUACAAAGAGAGAUGUGGUUUUCUUGGAACAAGAAAAGAAUAAAAAGGGAGAACCAAUAAUAAUGUUUGACUCCAAGGAAGAAAAUAAUGGAGGUGAAGAAUCUCAAACAACCUCAGAAGUUACCCCUACAAACUUUGAUGAAGAUAGCUGUGAAAUCACUAUGUGUGAAAGUGUGUCUGUAAGUGAAUAUCAACCUUGUAGUGAUGAAGAAACUUCAUCAGAAGAGACAACACCAGUCCUAAAUGAAAGAAGCAAACGUGUGUUAAAACAAACCUCAUUCUACAAGUGUAAUAAUGUAUACAGUGAAGAAAGUGAGCCAGUGACAUACAAGGAUGCUAUGAGUAGAAAAGACGCUAGCAAAUGGAGUGAAGCUAUAGACAAAGAGUUGCAAACCUUAAAAGCGAACAAUACUUGGGACUAUUGUGAUGCACCAGUGAACACGAAGGUGGUGAGUAGCAAAUGGGUUUUUAAACUGAAAGGUGUAAGUAGUGUUAAACAAUAUAAGGCUAGAUUAGUGGCUAGAGGGUUUGAACAAGAAGAUGUGUUUGAUUAUUAUGAUAUUUAUGCACCAGUAGCAAGAUUAUCAACCUUUAGAGUGUUUGUUGUAAUAGCAACUAAAUUAAACAAGCCUAUAUACCAAAUGGAUGUAACUGGGGCAUUUUUGUAUGGGGAAAUAACUGAAGAUGUUUACAUUAGGUUGCCAGAAGGUAGGCUUCCUUUUCUGGUGACAAUAAUAUAG